AUGACCCAUUCUUUUCAAACGUCUGCUGCAUCUAUUGCAUCAUCAUCAUCAUCAUCUUCUUCUCAACAACAUUUUGAUCGUGUUCUUAUGCCUGUUUCAAUCCGUCAAACACUUCCAAUUACAGAUAUGCAAGCUGGUGCUUUAUUAGGACCAAAAGGUGAACGAAUUCAACAAUUACAACGUGAAACUGGUGCCAUUGUUAGCAUAGGUGAUUUAAGUGAUGAUAAUGGUGAAAGACGAAAGCGUAUUGUUAAUAUCCAAGGAAACCAACAACAAGUGAAUAAUGCUUUACAAACGAUAAAAAAACUUUUAAUGAUUGUGAGUAAUGAUGAGGUUGGAGAAGAUUCAAUCAAAAGAGAUGAAGAAAAAAUGAAAAGAAUAUAA